AUGCCUCGAACACGCUCCGCUUCAAGAGGGGCCUUCUAUUGCUGUGGUAAGGACAAGUACCACAGCCACACCCCCCAACAAGAUAGAGAGCUUUUGUUGACAAUCAAUGUUGAUGAACGUGUCAUUCCUCUCUUGGAGAAGAUUGGAUUGAGGCGCAUUAGGUCCAAUGCCCUUGACCAGAUUCAGAUGAUGUUGCUGCAAGAGAAGAAGCUGAAUCUUGAUGUAUUGGAUCCACAAGAGAAAAGGAUUCUCUCUGUUUGGGCAAGAUACAGACAUGUGAACAUGGCGACUAUCCAAACCACGCCUAAUCUGAGCGACAAAGAUGCAUUGGAGACCUUACAACGCCUCAACCUCAUCGAGACAAUUCAAGAAAGUGGCCUAUAUAUGACAACAUUCAAGAACACAAGGGGGAAAGAGCUUGGAUGUUUGUAUGAUAUUGCAAUCUUCAUCCGUGCCAUGGGCAUUGAGAGCAUGGGGAGUUUGAAGCCUUUUUGGGAUUCUACCCAUAAGACACCUGUUCCACCCGAAGACAAGGCCAACAUGCAACUUUGGGCAGCAGAAGUGCCUCUGCCAAUCCAGGUCUAUGCUAGCAAGCAUCAUUGCAAUUUCAGGCGACCCUUAACUGAAAAUGAGUUGGCGGAGAGAGAAAACAUCUGCUUGGAAAGCCGCGGGCUUCCGGCCACAUUUGAGUUUAUCGACAAGAAUGACUGGCACACUCGGAAGAUUUCUUUGGACCGUGACUCACAACACUGUAGCCAGGAGGCAGGUUCUGGUUGUUGUUCCUGUUGCAAGUCUUCAUCUGUUCGGGCCAAUAAAGGGAUUGGCUUCACGUGUGUUGAAGGUCGCCUUUGUUUCAACCGCUACGUAAAUAGUAUGUGCCUUUCAACAUGCCAAAUGCGUCACAAGAAUGUGUUAUGUGGCAACAACCUUGAAGGCCCCUCAAGAGCUGAAGUGUGGCGAAAUGAUCCUUUCAAUAACUACCUGAGCCUCGAAGCCACAAUGAACAUGCCAGCUGACACAGUGGUGUGCGAGUAUACAGGGGAGAUAAAGGCAUUGAAAGCGUGGCAUGGUGAGCCCGACACAGCUAAAGGGGACUAUGCAAUGGAGGUUGAUAUGAAACCAGCAGGAAAGAAAAGCAAGAACACUGAAGUCUCGUUGAUCAUUGACGCUUCUCGGAAGGGCAGCAAAGCACGGUAUGCCAACCAUAGCUGCGAUCCAAACUGCCGCCUAGAGGGAGUUUUCGUUGAAUGCAGGAAGAUAUGGGUCCUGAGAACGAAUCGCCCUGUCGAGAAAUAUGAAGAGCUCGUGUGGAACUAUUCUUGGGAAUCACGAGACAUAUCGAAGCUUCAAGAGAUCUGCUUAUGUAAUUCUGAAAAAUGUACCGGCAAGCUUUAUCGUCCCAUGGAGGACACUCCAAUUCAAUCUGGAAUGGGUUCUACACCCAGGUCUUCUACAAGUUCAAAUAAUGUUGCAACAACCACAGCUCAAAGUACAAGAGCCCGUGCGAGGACAUCAAGAGCAGGUCCUGCAGUUGUAUCAGCUUCCAUUGCUACCAGAAAUAGCAGUGCCGGGCGACGCAGUCUUGCUGUCAAGCGAAGUGGAAAGAAGAACAGCUCCCCUUCUCGUCGUCGAAAACGUUCUCCGUCCACCACCAGGAGUGCUGGUAGCAAGAAAAGACGAACUACCCAGCCUACUAGCUAG